AUGGCUCAGGCGACCUCAGCAUCCCUCUCCGAGAGCCAGGUAGGACCCUGGACUUGUCCUGGGAGGACUCGGCUGAGUUUCAGGGAACAAGGAAACUCUCGGGGGCAUUUACAGCCAAGGCAUCCUUCGGAAGCUCUUUCCAGAUUUGCUCCACUUCCGUGCCGUGACAAGAGAUCAGUUUGUAGGGGGUCCAGCUUUUAGGGGGUCCUCAGGGCGCCCACCCCUCCUUUUCAAGCUACUGCAGCCCAGAGGGAGCUGUUUCCCAGCAGGAGACCCCGAUGCUCCCCCCCCCCCCAGCCCUGGCGCUGGUCCUGCAAGUCAUAAGCUCUAACAUAGGAAUUUGUGUGUAUGUUAAAAGUAGAGGAGGGGAGGGUGAAAGCGAAGGAGGGGAGGAGAUAUAGAGAAUUAAGGACAGGCAGGGGGGAGAAACUCGGUUCAGUAAGGAAACCCAGCCAGAUGGACGGGGUAUAAAUAAUACAGUAAGUUGUUGUUGUUGUUAUUUACAGCUAAAUCUACCAAGUUAAUGUUUUCUGGACAAUAUUCAAACCAAAACAAAGCUAUUCUCUAAAAUUUCCAGUUGUCCAAAUUUUGCAAUGUUUACAGAAAUGCAUAUUUUACCAGUGAAAAUGCAAUAUGCUGGGAGGAAUUGCUUGCAAAAAUGUGUGCAUUAGUCAAGACUGCAUCUAAAGAUGUGUUUAUUCUGAAAAAACUGCACUAAAGUGCUGGUGAAUUUUCACGACAAUUUAAAAAAACAAACAAACCCACAAAUUCCUGCAAAAUGUAGAGAACUGGAUUUAAGAUGGGGGGAGAAAUGAGAAACUGAAGGAAAUGAAAUUGGCUUCCAUCUGUAAUACAGGGCGUGGUGGGAGCGAAGAGGGGCCAGAGUCCCUAAGAGGCUCUGAACAGAAUCGAUAUCACAGUCACCAGAGUGGAACCAGCAAAUACUCUGUCUUACCCAGGAAAGGGAUUUGUCCCCAUCUAAAAGUGUUUUGGGAAAAGGCAUUUUUCAUGUCCGCUGUUAGAGGCAGUAAGACUUUGCAUACCAGUCACAGAGGGUUGGGGGCGGGGAGUUGUGCUCAUGUCGUACUUGUGGGAUUUGCAAAGGCAUCUGGUCUUCCACCCCGAGAAGAGGAUGCUGGGCUAGAUGAACCAUGGGCCGGAUCCAGAGUCUUACGUUCUUGUGUGUCCUUGCAAGAAUACCUUCAUCUAGGUUUGGUCCUUUUCUUAACUCAGCAGGAAGCUGGAAGUUAUCAGGAAAUGAGUAAUUAUUAACUCAUUCUGCCUCCUUGCAAUUGUGUUAGGCAAUGCUAAGUACGUAGUUUCCGUUAUAAAUAAUAAUUCAUGCCCUGCCUCAACCCGAAACUGUAAAAAGGAGAGCUCAGGGGGCAUAUAAGGUGUUGGGACAGCAUCUUAUCUUAUGCCCAGCCAUGUGCCUUAGUGCUCUGAUACAAUUGCUGGCUUGUGUACCUUGUAACCUGAUCUGUGUUUGAGCCAGUUGUGCAUUUGGCAACCGUGGCAGCUGAGAGGCCAAGAGCCAGGAGAGGCUUCCCUUCUCCAAAGUAGUAGGUAGCUGUGUCCUCUGGCUCAAGAGGAUGCAAACCCUUAGAACACCUGGGCGCUGAAGUUCCAAGAGCAGUAGCCCCCUCUGAGAAAGGCCAGACCUGCGAGUCAGGAGAUUCAGCUGCAAAGUGGGGCUUGUGGGAUCUCUGAUAGACAAUGUAGAUUCACCUUUGCUUUCCAAAACAUGCAGUUACGGAAAAAAUGUCAUACAGAAAUGUGUAAGCUGGGAGGAAUUUGCAGCAAAAUGCUGAUGAUUCCCCCACCCCCCAUUUUCCUAUCCCUACUUGAAGCUUAAUGGGCAUCUUCCAAACUAUUGCCCCUUAUCCUUGUUUUUCCACAACAGGAGAUGGGUGAAUUACAGUUCCUCUUGUGUGAGAGUUGCCACGGGGAAGUUCAGAGCCCCAAACUGCUGCCAUGCCUUCACAACCUGUGCACCCAGUGCCUCAAAGAAAACCAGCCCAGUGGUCACUGUGCCAUAUGCAGAUCCCCAUACUCUCUCCCUGAACUGAAGCCCAACAUGCUCUUUGCAAACCUUCAGUCCCAGCUGAGCAUCUUCCAGAAGAUCAGCCAAGGCCAAGAUUUGGCCUGCAGCUGUAGCUCUGAGAGAGAGGCGGUGUUCUGGUGUUCCGAAUGUGACUGGCACUUUUGCGACGGCGUGUGUUUCACAAACCACGAGAGAGUCAAGAAGAACAGCCUCCAUGAAGUCAAAACACUGAAGAAUCUCCAGGGCAUGUCGAGCGCAAAGUUCCUUGCAGAGAGCAGAAAGCAAAGUGUCAUGAACUGUCCCAAAAAAACCCACAAUAACGAUGCUGCAAGGUAGGUGGUCCGUCAGCGCUUCAUUCUCAGUCUGAGAUCCAGGGCCGUCUGCGCCGUGGUGCAAAGAUCCCUUCGGCACCCCCCCCCCAUUUCCAGGGAUGUUGACCUUUACCCAAGCCUCUGCGGGGAUCACUCUCCUCCCGCGAGCCCCCCCCCACUCGCUGGGGCGCCCCUGAGAGGCCGGCGCCCUGGCAUGAUGCACCACUAAGCCCAAUAGGAAAGACGGCUCUGCUGAGCUCUUAUUUUGAGUGCCAGGGUUGAGCCCACUGUCCCAUCCUCUGCCUGAAUGCUUGUGGGUUUCCUCCCAUGGGUGUCUGGUUGGCCACUGUGAGAAUAAGACGCUGGAUUAGAUGGGCCAUUGGCCUGAUCCAGUGGGCUGCCUCCAACGGAAUCCAACUUCCUGGAUUCAGAUGGAUCUAAGGAUGAGGUUUCCUUCUUGACUGUUUGGUCUAAUUUUAUUUUAUAUACAAAUACAGCAGCUCAGAAGCAUCAGGUUGCAUGUAUUUAUUUAGAGCAUUUGUGCCCUGUGGUUGAGCCAGAAAGACUCCCAGAGCAGAUUACAUACAAUCAAAAUGAGCCAGUACCGCAGGUCUAUGUGAGUGUCUGGGUUCAGUAAACAUUCUUUCCCUCUCUGGAUGUUUUAUGAUCAACUCAGUGCAUCAAUAUUGGCAAUUGUGACAACUUAUCUUUUUAAAAAGGACGCGGGUGGCACUGUGCAUUAAACCACAGAGCCUAGGACUUGCCGAUCAGAAGGUCGGCGGUUCAAAUCCCUGCGACGGGGUGAGCUCCUGUUGUUUGGUCCCAGCUCCUGCCAACCUAGCAGUUCGAAAUCACGUCAAAGUGCAAGUAGAUAAAUAGGUGCCACUCUGGCGGGAAGGUAAAUGGUGUUUCCGUGCGCUGCUCUGGUUCACCAGAAGCGGCUUAGUCAUGCUGGCCACAUGACCCGGAAGCUGUACGCCGGCUCCCUCAGCCAAUAAAGCGAGAUGAGCGCUGCAACCCCAGAGUCAGUCACGACUGGACCUAUUGGUCAGGGGUCCCUUUACCUUUAGCUUUAUCUUUUUAAAAAGAACUUAUUUUCGGUGUUACUAGAAUUUAAAAUAAUCAUAAUGAAAAAACUAUUAAUAAUAAUAAUAACUAUGAGCAGCAGUCCCAAUAACAAAGCCAAUGGCGUUUGAUUUACAGAGUCUAUUGCAAUGAGUGUAAGCGGCCCAUGUGCGUGGUUUGCGCUACGCUGGACAGCAAACACCAGAGCCAGCACUGCGAAAUACCGGACGAAAUCAAGCGCAUGCAAAACGAGCUGCAGAGCAUGCAAAGAGAGCUCAAGAAAAGCAACCACAGCGAAACCUACCGCAGCCUCCAGGAGCUGGUGGCAAGCAUGGAGAAGACGAGGAACGAGACGAGGGAGCUGAUCCAGCAACAGAUUGCCAAGAUGGUGAAGGUGCUGCAAGAAAAGGAGGCCAAGUUCCUAGCAGAAGUGGAGGACCAGCACCAGCAACAAGUCAAGGAUGUAGAGAGGGGGCUCAAGGACGUGGAAGGCCUGGUCAAGAGGAUAGCAUCCAGCGAGCAGCUGGUGGAGAAGAUGCAGCUCUACGCCUCUGAUCAGGUGGUCUUGGAGAUGCAACCCUACAUCAAAUGUUCGCUGGAGAAGCUCAGAGAUAACCAGCCACCAGCUGUCAAUUUCCAGAUCCAAGCGAGGGACUUUGCAGAGGUCAAGGCCCAGCUCCAGGCUCUGUAUGAAAGAGUGACAAAGGCCAGAGGUGAGAGUCUUGAAGAGCAAUGACUGGCUGGUGUGACUGGGUAGGAGAGGAAGUGAGCCCAGUGGCAGACCUCCUGCUCUGUGUGUGGAAAGGCCUAGGCCCAGUGGUGGCACCAGGGCAGGACUUCUACACUGGUUCUUUGCCAGAGCAAAGAAAUAAUCAGAGCCACCUUGUUGGUGUUUCCUCUUACACACCCGCCAGUCAGAAGCUCUCAACAUACUGUCAUAGCUCAUGUGCAGAGAGAUUUCAGCUUUCAGAGUGAGUAUCUAGAUUGAAUACUUUCUGCAGCUCGUCUCCAGAUAGGCAGAACAAAAAUAUCUGCGCAGCUGCUGCCCACUUUUUUUGUGACAGAUUUGCACAGAUUGUAAGAGGUCAUACUUUUUGUAUGUGGCCAUCACUGUGACAAACUUUUGAGUGAAGGAGAAUUGUUUAGCUGGUAGGCUUCAGGGUGGAAGUCUAGAGACCCCAUCAACAGAAUGAGCAGGAGUGGCCCCCAGGACCACAGGUGAAGGAAUGCACAUGACCCAUCUUAAAAAGUGCCGCCCAUAAGAUCAUUAAGCCCAGAGUCUGGACUUAAUGGAAAGGUGCAUGCUCUAGUUAUCUCCCACUUGGACUACUGCAAUGCGCUCUACGUGGGGCUAACUUUGAAGGUGACUCAGAAACUGCAAUUAAUCCAGAAUGCGGCAGCUAGACUGGUGACUGGGAGUGGUUGCUGAGACCAUAUAACACCGGUCCUGAAAGACUUAUAUUGGCUUCCAGUACGUUUCCGAGCACAAUUCAAAGUGUUGGUGCUGACCUUUAAAGCCCUAAACAGCCUCGGUCCUGUAUACCUGAAGGAGUGUCUCCACCCCCAUCAUCCAGCCUGGACACUGAGGUCCAGCGCCAAGGGCCUUCUGGCGGUUCCCUCACUGCAAGAAGUAAGGUUACAGGGAACCAGGCAGAGGGCCUUCUGUGUAGUGGCACCUGCCCUGUGGAACACCCUCCCAGCAGAUGUCAAGGCAAUAAACAACUAUUUUACUUUUAAAAGACAACUGAAGGCGGCCCUGUUUAGAGAAGUUUUUAAUGUCUGAUGCUGUAUUGUUUUUAAUAUUCGGUUGGAAGCCGCCCAGAGUGGCUGGGGAAACCCAGCCAGAUGGGCGCGGUAUAAAUACUAAAUUAUUACUGUAGUCUAAAAUUUCCCUAACUGCACCACUGGCCCUGGUUGAAAUCCUGGCAUCUUGACACUGCCAGCAAAAGCAGACAACACACAGCUGCACAGACCAGUGGUUCGACUCGGUAUAUAAUUUGUCACCUAAUCUUAGGUGACAAACGCGGAUGCAAUAUUUUGCUGAUACUUCAUCCCUGCCCACAGUUUGACAAAAGCUGGAUGCCCCCAGGUCAGCUAUGCAAAGUCAUAAGAAAAGACUGCUGGCCAUCUCGUUCUCACCGUCAGCCAACUGGCUGCUCCUUGCAGGAAGCCCCCAGAGCAGUACCCGGGCGCAAUAGUAGCCCUCCCGUCAACCGCAGCUCCCAGCUACUGGCGCUCAGAAGCAAGCUGCCUCUUACAGGUUGCGCUGUUGCAAAAUGGAGACGGUCCUAAGAAGUGGGAGUCUGUAGGAUUUAUGAUUAUAUAGAACAAUAAGGAUGAUUGACAGGCAAAAGUUAAAAAGGUCUUUUCAUUAAUGCUUUCUGGUGCAAGGAUGGUCAGUUUUAUAGAACAGUAAAGUUUCAAAGUGAAAUACAUUCCUUAAAGUUUUGUGCACUGAAUAGGAAGAUGGAAAACUAACACAGAUAUGCCAGUAAUGGCUGCAGGAUUGAAAUACUUGGUGAUUCUGUCUCUGAAUAGGAACAGACCAAUUUGCUCCAUUUUCUAAUUAAUAAUGCCUCACUCUUUUUCAGAAGCUGUCCCAGGUGGACCAGAAACUGCACCCAACCAGGUGAGAGCGGCUUUUGCAUACAUUGGGACUGGGGAACAAGUGAGCCUCCAGACGCUAGUGGACUCCAGUUCCCAUCAGUCCCAGGCGGCAUGGCCAAUGGCUAAGGAUGAUGGGAGUUGUGGCCCUACAAAUUCUGGAGGGCUGAAGGUUCCCCCAUCUCUGGUGUUCAUCAUGAACUGGCAUCUCCACACUGACAAACUCCAGCUGCAUAUAUAAGGGAUCUUUUCAAAGAUGCCACUCAGGAGAGAAAAGAGAGAGUUUAAGGGAGAAGCUGACAGUUUAACCACUGGAUAGCGAAUGGGGUUAGAUAGGCAGGGCAAGUUGCUUUCGAAUCCUUGAGCGGAAGUGAAAUCCUAGCAGGGGCUGAGUGGCUUGGAAAAUAUGCUCAUAGAAUUAGAAUUCUAGAGUUGGAAAGCCCCUGAGGGUCAUUGUCAUGACUGAGUUGAAUAGGAUCCAAAAUGCAGCAGUCUGAUUGGUCCUAGAACAAUAGGAUUCAGAAUGCAGCAAUCUGAUUGGUCCUAGAACAAUAGGAUUAAGAAUGCAGCAGUCUGAUUGGUCCUAGAACAAUAGGAUUCAGAAUGCAGCAGUCUGAUUGGUCCUAGAAUAAUAGGAUUCAGAAUGCAGCAGUCUGAUUGGUCCUAGAACAAUAGGAUCCAAAAUGCAGCAGUUUGAUUGGUCCUAGAACAAUAGGAUUCAGAAUGCAGCAGUCUGAUUGGUCCUAGAACAAUAGGAUCCAGAAUGCAGCAGUCUGAUUGGUCCUAGAACAAUAGGAUUCAGAAUGCAGCAGUCUGAUUGGUCCUAGAACAAUAGGAUUCAGAAUGCAGCAGUCUGAUUGGUCCUAGAACAAUAGGAUUCAGAAUGCAGCAGUCUGAUUGGUCCUAGAACAAUAGGAUCCAAAAUGCAGCAGUCUGAUUGGUCCUAGAACAAUAGGAUCCAAAAUGCAGCAGUUUGAUUGGUCCUAGAACAAUAGGAUUCAGAAUGCAGCAGUCUGAUUGGUCCUAGAACAAUAGGAUCCAGAAUGCAGCAGUCUGAUUGGUCCUAGAACAAUAGGAUUCAGAAUGCAGCAGUCUGAUUGGUCCUAGAAUAAUAGGAUCCAAAAUGCAGCAGUCUGAUUGGUCCUAGAACAAUAGGAUUCAGAAUGCAGCAGUCUGAUUGGUCCUAGAACAAUAGGACCCAGAAUGCAGCAGUCUGAUUGGUCCACAGGAGCCACCCAAUCCAGCUCUAGGUGGAAGUGAAUCCACAACCUGAUUGGCCUACAGGUGAAUCCUGGAGUUAGCCAAUCAUGUGGGGCCCAUUGUGUAAAUAAUGUAUAUAAAGCAGACAUCCUGGGGGAACUUCCAUUCCUCCUCACCACUAUGAGCUGAAUAAAGAGCAUGAAAUCCGCUCUCAACUCUGAGUAUUUUCAGUCAUCUAGUCAAAGGCAGCUCACAGAUAAAACAGAAACAGCUAAAAACUGGGGAGGGGAACAUCCUUAAAAACAUUUAAGCAUAUGUCUAUUAAGAUAUACAGAUCUUUGCAAUAAAAACACCCCAGCACUAGUCCUUUCCUUAAAAACAGGCAGUUCCCAAAAGCCUGUUGGAACAAGAGAGUCUUUGCCUGCCAUCAAAUUGGGCUGCUUAAAAUCCUCUGUAAACGGUGUGUGUCUUGAACUAAGUUUUCGUGCCUCACGGUGGAAACCUUCACAGAGUGUUCAGAACACAAUUAGAUACACAAGUUGGAGGUGACUCCUCACAUUUUGGACCUCUGGGGAGGGAAUGAGUGGAGCCUUCACCUUGCUACUGUUUUAUUAUAAACACUACCACAAAUAGCUAACUCCAGAGUAUUCAUGUGAUGAUAGGGGGAGUUUUCUCUAUUAAAACACUCAUAAAACUGUUUGCAUUACCCAUCCUCAGGGAGGGUCUGAAAAACAGCCUCCCCGCCAUCGCCUUAAUGCGGUGGCCAGAAAGACAGAUGCCAGCGACUCAGAUGGCCCCAGCAGCAGCAGCAGCAACGCAAGCACCAGUAAUCUGGUAAGUCAGAAAACACAAUUCCCUUCCCUCUGUUCCCCUCCCACUGUCCUGCAUUCUCUGGUUGUGACGAAUGUGGGAAGGGGGCUUCCUUCUAGGGUGUGUGUGUGUGUGUGUGUGUGUGUGAGAGAGAGAGAGAGAGAGAGAGAGAGAGAGAGAGAGAGGGAGAGGGAGAGAGAUUGGAACAGUAAAAAUGUGGGGUAAUGCUAGGGUUGCCAUACGUCUGGAAUUUCCUGGUAAAGGUACCCCUGACCGUUAGGUCCAGUCGCAGAUGACUCUGGGGUUGUGCGCUCAUCUUGCGCUAUAGGCUGAGGGAGCCGGUGUUUGUCCACAGACAGCUUCUGGGUCAUGUGGCCAGCAUAACAAAGCCACUUCUGGUGAACCAGAGCAGCACACGGAAACGCCGUUUACCUUCCUGCCGGAGCAGUACCUAUUUAUCUACUUGCACUUGACGUGCUUUCGAACUGUUAGGUGGGCCAGGAGCUGGGACCGAACAAUGGGAGCUCAUGGGGAUUCGAACCACCGACCUUCUGAUCUGCAAGCCCUAGGCUCUGUGGUUUAGACCACAGUGCCACCCACGUCCCUGGACAUACGCAUAAUACUGCAGUUGGAAGCAGUUUCCAGGUGGAAAUUGCAAAAAUGCCAGUCGUAUGGCAACCCAUGUUGGCAGUGUUGGUUUGGGCAACUUUUCUUUAAAUUAGCUUUAAAGCUCAACAACUUCAGGCAACCCCCCCCCGCCCCCCCCAAAGCUCAAUAACUUUUGUGUCUGGAUUUUAUGGCAACACUAUGUGAUGUGGAAGAAUCUGAGGGCUCAUCCAUACUUCCCCUGGGUUCAUAUCUCAACCAUAUUCUGUACUGAUUUAUUAUCCUGGGUCCAAUACCUGAUUUUGUUAAAAUCAGUUAAGAUUUUUAUUAAAGUUUUGUUGUGAUACAAUAAGGUAUAGAAAAGGAAUGUAAAUAAAAAACAGAAACAGCUACCCAAAGUAAAAAUAGAAUACGAAGCCCUCUCUUAAAAGUAGUUCUCUCACCCUGGGAGACUGGCACUUCCCAGUCUCCCAUCCAGGGUCCUCCAUCAACCAUUUUCCACCCCAUGAACAUGCAGUCCCUGGACCCUAAUAAAGACCCCAGAUGUAGGACUCGAAAGAAAUAAUGAAGAAGAGAAAGGGGGGGGAUAAAAAGAAAGAAGCAGGAAAAAGAAAGGAAAGAGAGGGGGGGAGAAAAGAAAAAGAAACAACAAAUAAAAAUAAAACAGACUUCUGAUUUUCCAUCUGCCAGUUACAUAAAGAAGUUAUUUAAGAUAUGCACUCCAUGAUAGCAUCCAUCUUCUCCACUUUCUGUUAAACAACAUUUCUUUUAAAUUCAAAUGUCUCAGAAUCAUUCAUUUCUUUUCGCCACACUUUUUAUUAGGGGACAGGUCCCCUUAACAUUUCUGACAAAGAUGGCCUGCAUUGUCUUUAGAGUGGCAUUUUCAGUGAGAAAUAUUUGUGGGCCUAAGUUGAAUUCUUCAGAAGAGGAAUUUUUUAUUAGAUGGAAAGCCUAACUUUAACGAUUAUUUUAACUGCGUAAUAUUUUUGUUUGUGUGGUUUUGGGGUUUUUUUGUAUCUCACUUUGUAGUGGCUUUUGCUGCACAAAGGAAUUAAUCAAUUAAUGGCCAUAUCAUCCUAUUCCUACUCCUAGGGCCGCCUCGCGAAGUCGCCAGCAAAGAGGAACUGUGCCUACCUGGAAAGGGCUGUCCAGACCCCUACAAAAGUGGUGAAAAUGGAACAUGAUUACGAUGGUGCCAGAUCCAGGCAGCUGCCUAGCAACAGGAGGCUGGAACAAACUUGGACCAGUUCUCAAUCUCCAGGAUGCUCCCCUUCCGCAGGGAGCAGGGACAAGGCAGGAGAAGGCAUGGACAGCUCAAAGUGGCCCCCCAGGUCUGACCCAGAGCUGUCUGAGUCAGGUACAGACAGAAGCUGCUGUUUUACUCAGGGAUUCUUAAGACCCAGUCACACAUUUUUGAUAUCUUUUUUGAGGGGGGCGGGAUACUAAUGGCUUCUCAUCGUGAGAAGUGAGCUUCUCAUUGUGAAAUCGACAGCCUAAAGAAGGCUGAAUUGUUUAAUCCAGGUAUUUUUAUUUAUCUGUGGCAUUCAUACCCCACCUUUUUCGCCAAUGAGCUCCGCACCUCCCCAUUCUUAGGCUGAGGGGCAGGGACUGGCCUCAAGGUACCCGUUGAGCUUCAUGGCUGAGUGGGGACUUGAACCCUGGUCUCUCCCCGGUCAUCGUCUGAUCAACCACUACACCACGCUAGCUCUCAAAUAGUAACAUUGGUACGUCGUCAGCAGGAUUUGAACCCAUGGGGCAAGAUCCCAGUGGAUUUCUAAUCCAUCACCUGAACGACUUGGCCACCAAGUGUAAGGAACCUGGUGCACUUCAGAUGUCGUUGAACUACAAUUCCCACCCGCAUCCCUGACCAUUGGCCACUCUGGAGGGGUGUGGUCUCCCCACCCCCAGUUUAAUCAGUCAGGUCACAUAGUGGAUUUAAACCUUCUCUAUUGAUUAAAAGACACCCACAAUAAAUCAGGUUUUCAAAAAUACAGUGGUACCUCAGGUUACAGACGCUUCAGGUUACAGACUCCACUAACCCAGAAAUAGUACCUCGGGUUAAGAACUUUGCUUCAGGAUGAGAACAGAAAUUGUGCGGCGGCAGCGGGAGGCCCCAUUAGCUAAAGUGGUACCUCAGGUUAAGAACAGUUUCAGGUUAAGAAUGGACCUCUGGAACGAAUUAAGUUCUUAACCCGAAGUACCACUGUAUAUAUUUUUAAUACAGGUACAUACACAAAUCUCGGAAGAAGCAUUACCUGGUUGAAAGAAAGACAGGAAUGCCUCUUUUAAACUGGAGCCAGCUGUGAAAGAAGUGUGCCUCGUCCAAAAAUAAUAAUGUGUUUGUUUGUGUGUACAGUGGUACCUCAGGUUAAGAACUUAAUUCGUUCUGGAGGUCCAUUCUUAACCUGAAACUGUUCAUAACCUGAAGCACCACUUUAGCUAAUGAGGCCUCCUGCUGCCACCGUGCCGCCGCUGUGCGAUUUCUGUUCUCAUCCUGAAGCAAAGUUCUUAACCCGAGGUAUUCUUUCUGGGUUAGCGGAGUCUGUAACCCGAGCUAUCACUGUAUAUUGUAACUUAACAUUAGAAAGUGCUUUCUGAUAUUAAGAGCCACAUGGCAGUGGGAAAGGCCAGCGCAGAAGGCUAGCCUUCAUUGGAUGUCCGGCUUUUCUCUUGCAGGUGAUGCUCCUGUGAGCAUUUCCUCGGGAGACGAAGUCACCGACGACGAAUCUGUGGUGAGUGCAGAGACCCAGGUGCUGCCACGCUGUCGCAUGGUGCCCUCCUCACUGCCCCCUGGACAACGGAGUCCCUUGUGAAGGCCGUGGUCUCACAGCACGUUGGUGGCCCUUUUCAACUAUACAGAAUAAUAAAAAAGCAAUCCUUUUCUUGCACCUGAUUGUGACGUAGGCGCAGCGAAGCAAACCUUCGAUGUUCGUAGAAUUGCAGAGUUGGAAGGGACCCUGAGGGUCAUCUAGUCCAGCCCCCUGCAAUGCAGGAAUCUCAGCUAAAGUAUCCAUGACAGAUGGCCAUCUAACCUCUGCUUAAAAACCUCCAAGGAAGGAGAGUCCACCACCUCCUGAGGGAAAUUGUUCCACUGUCAAACAGCUCUCACUGUCAGAAAGUUCUUCCUGAUGUUUAACCAGAAUAUCCCUUCUUGUAACUUGAAGCCAUGGGUUUGAGUCAGUGCUGGAUUUACGUAUAAGCUAAACAAGCUAUAGCUUAGGGCCCCACUCUCUUGCCCCCCCUCCAAAAAGCAUACUUUUUCUUAAUUGUAUUUCACUAUUAAUAUACUUCUACUUAAUUGUAUUUCAGUUCAACAAUUACUUUGAUAAAAUACCGUACAUAUUUUGUUGUGUGCAAAUGGCUUUAGAAACCUGUUAGGUCCAUAAAUUACCAUAGCAUAUAUUCAACACAAUAAACAGCGACAAUUUGUUGUUGACAAAGGACAACAGGACCUAUAAAGGGCCCCAUUACCUUCAGUAGCUUAGGGCCUCAUCAACCCUAAAUCCGGCCCUGGUUUGAGUCCUACCCUCCAGAGCAGGAGAAAACAAGCUUGUUCUAUCCUCCAUGUGACAGGCCUUGGAAUAUUUGAAGAUGGCUAUCAUAUCUCCUUUCAGUCUCCUAUUUUCCAGGCUAAAUAUACCCAGCUCCUUCAACCACUCCUCAUAAGGCUUGGUUUACAGACCCUCGGUCAUCUUGGUGGCCCUCCUCUUCACACCUUCCAACUUGUCAACAUCCUUCUUAAAUUGUGGUGCCCAGAAUUGGACAUAGUAUUCCAGGUGGGGUCUGACCAAGGCAGAGUAGAGUGGAACUGUUCCUUGCCUUGAUCUGGGCACUAGCCUAGAAUAGCAUUCACCUUUUUUGCUGCUGCAUCACACUGUUCAUUCAUGUGAAGCUUGUGGUCUCCUAAGACCCUUGGAUCCUUUUCACAUGUACUGCUAGUAAGCCAGGUGUCCCCCCAUCAUAUAUUUGUGCAUCUGGUUCCUCCUGCCUAAGUGUAGAACAUUUGUACCCAUUGAAAUUCAUUUUGUAAGUUUUAAGUCCAGGUCUCCAGUCUGUGAAGGCCCUUUUGAAUCCAGAGUCUGUCUUCUGCGACAUUGGCUACCCUUCCCAGUUUGCUGUCACCUGCAAGUUUGAUGAGCACCCCCUCAAUUCCUUCAUCCAAGUCAUUUAUAAAGAUGUUUAACAACAAUGGGGCCAGGACAGAACCCUGCGGCAUCCCAUAUGUCACUUUUUUCCAGGAUGAUGAGGAAUCAUCUUAAUGGUCCACUUUGUAAAUCAGCCGAAAGGUGAUGUUUGAGUACAAAAAUCUUACUCGUGACAUUUUCACUGCAAUUCCUAGGGGUUUGGACCAGAUGACCUUUGGGGGCAGGGCCAGAUUUAUGUACAAGCUAAACAAGCUAUAGCUUAGGGCCCCACUCUCUUGGGGGCCCCCCAAAAUAUACUUCUUAAUUGUAUUUCACUGUUAAUAUACUUCUUAAUUGUAUUUCAGUUCAACAAUUGCUUUGAUAAAAUACAUAUUUUGUUAUGUGCAAAUGGCUUUAGAUACCUAUUAGGUCCAUAAAUUACCAUAAAGCAUAUAUUCAACACAAAAAACAGCAGCAAUUUGUUGUUGCCAGAGGACAGCUGGGCAUAUAGAGGACCCCCAUUACCUUCAGUAGCUUUGGGCCUCAUCAAACCUAAAUCCAGCCCUGCUUGGGGGUAUCUUCCUUCUCAACAGUUCUGUGAUUCUGUGAAUAAAAUCUUGUUAGUCUUUUAAGUUGUCACAAUGCUCUUUUUUCUGAGUCGUGGAACUCUCCAUCCCCAAGGCAGCAGUGCAGUGGUUGUGGCUGGGGGAGGGAGGUGAGUCAGUGGCCCAUAAUCUCUGAAGUGUCGUCCCCCCUCCCCACUUGUCUGUCUUCUCGCCAGGAAUCUAGCUUGCUACAGGACAUCAGGAACAGAUCACAGAAUAGCCAGGAAGAACGCCAGAGGCAGGAGUUUCAGUUGGGGCAAGGGACCAUGGUGUUCUUCGACCUGAAACUUCUACGUAAGGGGCUGAGAGCCACUUUUGAAAUCAGAUACUGCAAAAUUAUCGCUUGGGAAGAAGGGGUGGGGGAGCAAUUCAGUUCAAUUUGCAUUUGAAGGCAAAUCCACUUGAUUUGCAAUUUCCAAAACAAUGCAUAAACCAAAACCCAGCCAUCCUGCAAAGUCUGCACUUCUGCACAGUCUGAAUUUGGCAGUGCAGUUAUCCAGUCAAGUCACGCGCACAAAAUUGCAUAUCCCAGGGUAAACUGUGCAUAAAAACACACAUAUAUUGCUAAAAAGGAUAUAUAAUAAUAAUAAUUUAUUAUUUGUGCCCCGCCCAUCUGGCUGGGUCUCCCCAGCCACUCUGGGCGGCUUCCAACAAAGAUUAAAAAUACAUUAAAAUGUCACACAUUAAAAACUUCCCAAAACAGAGCUGCCUUCAGAUGUCUUCUAAAUGUCAGGCAGUUGUUUAUCUCUUUGACAUCUGAUGGGAGGGCGUUCCACAGGGCAGGCACCACCACCAAGAAAGCUCUCUGUCUGGUUCCCUGGAACCUCACUUCUUGCAGCAAGGGAACCGCCAGAAUGCUCUUGGCACUGGACCUUGGUGUCCGGGUAGAACGAUGGGGGUGGAGACAGUCCAUGGGCAGUUAGGGUCUCAGCCUGCAUACCAGAUGGAGCUGGUAGACAGCUGCCCUGGACACAGAAUUGACCUGUGCCUCCAUUGACAGCUGUAAGUCCAAAAUGACUCCCAGGCUGAGCACUUGGUCCUCCAGGGGCACAGUUACCUCAUUCAGGACCAGGGAGUCCUCCACACCAGCCCGCCCCCUGUUCCCCAAGAAUAGUACUUCUGUCUUGUCAGGAUUCAACCUCAAUCCAUUAUCCGCCAUCCAUCCUCCAAUUGCCUCCAAGCACUUACACAGGACCUUCACUGCCUUCACUGGUUCCAAUUUAAAAGAGGUAGAGCUGGGUAUCAUCCGCAUAUUGAUGGACACCCAGCCCAAACCCCCUGAUGAUCUCUCCCAGCAGCUUCAUGUAGAUGUUAAAAAGUAUGGGGGAGAGGACAGAACCCUGAGGCACCCCACAAGUGAGAGCCCAGGGUCUGAACACUCAUCCCCCACCACCACUUUUUGGACACGGCCUAGGAGGAAGGAGUAGAACCACUGUAUAGCAGUGCCCCCAGCUCCUCUAGACGGUCCAGAAGGAUAUUAUGAUCAAUUGUAUCAAAAGCCGCUACAAGAAUGUCUUAUACUAGGGAAAACUGGUUUGCAGAAAUGUGCAGAUUGGGCAAAACUGUGCACACAAAUGUCUAGAUGAGGAGAGAUUUGAACUGAAAUAUUGGUGGCUUUUCAUGAGGAGUUUCUCUUUUUUAAAAAAACUACAAACUGAUGUGGAACUGUGGAGAACCAAACCUAAGACUGGAAAAAGAGAAACAGAGAGAAACCAAAAUUGGUAUAUGUUCCUAUCCCUAAUUGGGAGUGAAGGGAGAGGCAGGCGUAUCAGAAGGGCAUCAGGAAAGGGGCUGCUCACCUGCUGCCCCUGCUCACCAGCAGGGAAGAUGCUACCAACUUUUUCUUCUUCCAACAUACAUUCCAAUGAGAGCACAAGCUGGUAUCAGAUCAGAUCAGCCUUCUGUUUUCCAGUGGUGCCUAGCCAGGGGCCACAGGAGAAAUCCACAAGUACAUGAUGAUACCAAAAACCCACCUUGACUUGGAGGCUCAGUCAGGGCAAGCAGAAUCCUGACAAGACUCAGGUCCUGUGGCAGGUGGCCUGUUCCGGCAGGUGGGUGUGUUUGUCAUGCACAUACCCUUGAAAGUCUGGGGUGCUCCGACAUUGGGAGCCCCUUUCCCCAACUUCGUGGAAAGGGAUAGCCUGGCCACCUUGUGGUUAGAUUACUGUGAUGUUCUUUACGUGGGACUGCCCUUGAAGAUAGUUUGGGGACUGCAGCUAGCGCUAAAGUCUUUUUGUAAGGCCCUUUGAGGUUUCCUCCAAUCAAGCAGUGCGUAAAUUUUACGGAAUAGAUAAAUAAUAAUAUUAUAAUAAUUUAUUAUUUGUACCCCGCCCAUCUGGCUGGGUUUCCCCAGCCACUCUGGGCGGCUUCCAACUGAAUGUUAAAAACAAUACAUUAAAAACUUCCCUAAACAGGGAAUCCUGUUGUCCUCAGUUGUCUUUUAAAAGUAAAAUAGUUGCUUAUUGCCUUGACAUCUCCUGGGAGGGCGUUCCACAGGGCAGGUGCCACUACCAAGAAGGCCCUCUGCCUGGUUCCCUGUAACCUCACUUCUUGCAGCAAGGGAACCACCGGAAGGCCCUCUGCGCUUGACCUCAGUGUCCGGGCUGAACGAUGGGGGUGGAGACGCUCCUUCAGGUAUACAGGACUGAGGCCGUUUAGGGCUUUAAAGGUCAACACCAACACUUUGAAUUGUGCUCGGAAACGUACUGGGAGCCAAUGAAGAUCUUUCAGGACCGGUGUUAUAUGGUCUCGGCGGCUGCUCCCAGUCACCAGUCUAGCUGCCACAUUCUGGAUUAGUUGUAGUUUCUGGGUCACCUUCAAAGGUAGCCCCACAUAGAGCGCAUUGCAGUCUCAGUCACCAAUCUACUAUAGCUGCCACAUUCUGGAUUAAUAAAGAGGUAUAAGGGCGCUUUAAGGGACGCGGGUGGCGCUGUGGGUAAAACCUCAGUGCCUAGGACUUGCCGAUCGUAAGGUCGGAGGUUCGAAUCCCCGCGGCGGGGUGAGCUCCCGUCGUUUGGUCCCAGCUCCUGCCCACCUAGCAGUUCGAAAGCACCCCUAAGUGCAAGUAGAUAAAUAGGUACCGCUCAGGCGGGAAGGUAAACGGCAUUUCCGUGUGCGGCGCUGGUGCUGGCUCGCCAGCUGCAGCUUCGUCACGCUGGCCACGUGACCCGGAAGUGUCUUCGGAUGGCGCCGGCCUCCGGCCUCUUAAGCGAGAUGAGCACGCAACCCUAGAGUCGGACACGACUGGCCCGUACGGGCAGGGGUACCUUUACCUUUUUAUAAGGGCGCUUUAAAUGCAUGGUGGUGAUCUGAGAUUACCUACGGUCUUUCUAGCUACAAGGUGUGCUGAUGGUCACUAACUCAGGUGGUUUCUAAGGGUGGAGUAGCAAGGGUAUUGCAAGGCACUUAAAAGAUGCAGGAGCACAGGUUCAUGACACAAAUGUGCACCCGUUGCUUGGCCUCUGAGCAAACUGGAUAACCACAGUGAAUAUGUUUGUGGGGAAGCGGAAGGAGAUCAGGUGCUCACACACACACACACACACACACCCCGGCGUUGCCUUCUAAAAAUACCCUUAAAGCACGGGGGGAGGAGGUCAGUCUAUCAAUGGCAUAUGGCUACCUAGAACAUAAGAGCCUGCUGCAUCAGGCCAGUGGCCCAUCCAGUCCAGCAUCCUGUUCUCACAGUGGCCAACUAGAUGCCUGUGGGAAACCUGCAAGCGGAAUUUGAGCCCAAGAGCAACUCUCCCCUCCUGCUCUUUCCAGCAGCUGGGAUUCAGAAACAUCACUGCUUCCAACAGUAGAGACAGAGCAGAGGCAUCCUAAAGGUAAAGGGACCCCUGACCAUUAGGUCCAGUUGUGGCCGACUCUGGCCGAGGGAGCUGGUGUACAGCUUCCAGGUCAUGUGGCCAGCAUGACUAAGCUGCUUCUGGCGAACCAGAGCAGCGCACGGAAACGCCGUUUACCUUCCUGCCGGAGUGGUACCUAUUUAUCUACUUGCACUUUGAUGUGCUUUCGAACUGCUAGGUUGGCAGGAGCAGGGACCGAGCAACGGGAGCUCUCCCCAUCACGGGGAUCUGAACCGCCGACCUUCUGAUCAACAAGCCCUAGGCUCUGUGGUUUAACCCACAGCGCCAGAGGCAUCCUGGCUAGUAGCCAUUGGCAGCCCCCUCCCCCUCCAUGCAUUUGUCCAGUUCUCUUUAAAAGCCACUGAAAUGGGUGGCCAUCCCUGCCUCCUGAGGAAGCAAGUGCCACAGUUUGAAUCUGUGCUGUACGAAGGAGGACUUCGUUUCUCUGUCCUGAAUCUUUCAGCAUUCCACUUCAAAGAGAAAAACAACUACCAAACCUUUAGAAGACAUCUGAAGGCAGCCCUGUUUAGAGAAGCUUUUAAUGUUUAAUAGGUUAUUGUAUUUUAGUGUUCUGUUGGAAACCGCCCAGAGUGGCUGGGGAAACCCAGCCAGAUGGGCGGGGUAUAAAUAAUAAAUAAUAAUAAUUAUUAUUAUUAUUAUUAUUAUUAUUAAUAUUAAUAUUAUCCAUGAAUUCUAGUGUUAUGAGAGAGGGGGAAAGACUUUUCUCUAUUCACUUUCUCAUGCCAUAGUUGGAGGCGCUUUGCCCCAACUCAGCCAUGAAGCUUUCUGGAUGACUUUGGGUCAGUCACCGCCUCUCAGCCCAACCUACCUCACAAGGUUGUUGUGUGGGAUUAAAUGAGACGCGGGGAGAACCAUGAAGAAAAAAGGUAGGGUAUAAAUGCAAUAAAUAAAUGAUAAUAAAUAAAUCAGCAACCCAUUUGCCCUGGCUUCUUGCCUGAAAUAACCUGAUGGCUCUUGAGUAAUAUUUAUUUACAGUGGUACCUCGGGUUACAGACGCUUCAGGUUACAGACUCCGCUAACCCAGAAAUAGUACCUCGGGUUAAGAACUUUGCUUCAGGAUGAGAACAGAAAUUGCAUGGAGGCAGUGGGAGGCCCCAUUAGCCAAAGUGGUACCUCAGGUUAAGAACAGUUUCAGGUUAAGAACGGACCUCCGGAAUGAAUUAAGUUCUUAACCCGAGGUACCACUGUGUUUGUGAUGCCUAUGCCUCUGUGGUCAAUCUGGACUAACCUCCUCUCACUGCUCUUUCAGCGGGUGAUAUCCUGCACCUGGUUGCCCUAGCAGAAGAAGCAUACUGCUGCUCUGUCAUGAUCCGGCCGCUGUUGCCUUCCUCUGGCGGAGACGCAAGAAGCAAAUUCUCCGAGACUGGGCUGGAGGGGUUCCUCGACUACGUCUGCUCCCUCUCCCUGCCCAUUUUGGUGGGGUACGACAUCUGGUCUGUGGACCAUCUCCCAGCCCUGGUUGACGCCCUGCAAGCUAUCAACAAGGAGGAACGAUUCAAAGCCUCCAUCUUUGGUUUCAUCGAUGCCUUGCCCCUCAUUAAGGAGAAGUUCCCAGAGUUGCCCAGCUACACGCUGAAAAGCCUGGACUACACAUAUCGCUGGGGCGACCUGAACGACACGCGGGCCGACGACUGCGCCAAGGCCCUGAAGGAUUUGUGUACUGUCUUGGAGGUUAACCCUGUGAUGGAGAAAAGGACAGUCGUUGCCUACUCCAACAUACAGUCCUACGCCUCCCUGCGACCCCUCCUGUUGCAGAAGCUCCUCUCUGAGCCCUCUGCAAAGACCUUGGCACUGCACAAUGUGUGUCUUACCAUGCUCCAGCACAUCUACCAAGAAGACCCAGAAAGGGGGCUGAGCAAGUUGUGCAGGUUCCUGAAUCGCCACCGAAAGGACAAGGAGGAAAAAAUCCAAAAGCUGAGCAAGAUUCGCUUCUACUUCCAACAACUGCAGUCGGCAGCUUGGCAUCUGCUGCCGGAAGCAACCUCAUAG